AUGGCUUCCGUACACAGUACCAUGAUGUCUGUCGUGUGCAACAACAAAAACCACUCUGCCUGGCCCAAACUUGCCAACUCCUCCUCCUUUGCCCAAGCUCCUGCCACUCGUUUGAACAAGGAGACAAGCACACGUGCCACUUUGAGAAUUGAUCCACCAAGUACUGUCUCAGAGAGAGCCAAGCAGAGAAAACACACGAUCGAUCCUUCUUCUCCUGAUUUCCAACCAAUCCCAUCUUUUGAGGAAUGCUUUCCCAAAAGCACUAAAGAAGACAAGGAAGUUGUUCAUGAAGAAUCUGGUCAUGUCCUUAAAGUUCCAUUUCGACGUGUCCAUUUGUCUGGUGGUGAGCCUGCUUUUGAUACAUAUGACACUAGUGGUCCUCAGAAUGUUAACCCUCACAUUGGGCUUGCUAAGCUAAGGAAGGAGUGGAUUGAUCGGCGUGAGAAGCUGGGAACACCUAGAUACACUCAAAUGUACUAUGCUAAGCAAGGAAUCAUAACUGAGGAAAUGCUCUACUGUGCUACAAGGGAGAAGCUAGACCCUGAGUUUGUAAGAUCAGAAGUUGCGCGAGGGAGAGCGAUUAUCCCUUCCAACAAGAAGCAUUUGGAGCUGGAACCAAUGAUUGUUGGUAGGAAAUUCUUGGUUAAGGUCAAUGCGAAUAUCGGAAACUCCGCUGUUGCUAGCUCGAUUGAAGAAGAAGUCUAUAAGGUUCAGUGGGCGACAAUGUGGGGAGCUGAUACAAUCAUGGAUCUCUCGACUGGUCGUCACAUUCACGAGACACGCGAGUGGAUCUUGCGGAAUUCAGCUGUUCCUGUCGGUACUGUGCCUAUUUAUCAAGCACUUGAGAAAGUGGAUGGAAUUGCUGAGAAUCUUAGCUGGGAAGUGUUUAGAGAAACUCUGAUUGAACAAGCUGAGCAAGGUGUAGACUAUUUCACAAUCCAUGCUGGAGUUUUGCUGCGUUACAUUCCUUUAACAGCCAAGCGUAUGACCGGGAUUGUUUCGCGUGGAGGAUCCAUUCAUGCUAAAUGGUGCUUAGCUUACCACAAGGAGAACUUUGCUUACGAGCACUGGGAUGAUAUUCUCGACAUCUGUAACCAGUAUGAUGUGGCUCUUUCAAUUGGGGAUGGUCUCAGACCUGGCUCCAUCUAUGAUGCUAACGACACUGCUCAGUUUGCAGAGCUCCUUACUCAAGGUGAACUAACUCGCCGAGCAUGGGAAAAAGAUGUGCAGGUGAUGAAUGAAGGGCCAGGGCAUGUCCCAAUGCACAAGAUUCCAGAGAAUAUGCAGAAGCAGUUGGAAUGGUGUAACGAGGCACCAUUCUACACAUUAGGUCCUUUGACUACUGAUAUUGCUCCCGGAUAUGAUCACAUUACCUCUGCCAUUGGAGCUGCCAAUAUCGGAGCAUUGGGCACAGCUCUUCUUUGCUAUGUUACACCGAAAGAGCACCUCGGGUUACCAAACAGGGAUGAUGUGAAAGCCGGUGUUAUAGCAUACAAGAUCGCUGCUCAUGCAGCUGAUCUAGCCAAACAGCAUCCACAUGCCCAGGCAUGGGAUGAUGCACUGAGCAAAGCGCGGUUUGAGUUUAGAUGGAUGGACCAGUUUGCUCUGUCCCUGGACCCCAUGACUGCUAUGUCUUUCCAUGAUGAAACUCUUCCAGCUGAUGGAGCCAAGGUUGCACACUUUUGCUCCAUGUGUGGACCGAAAUUCUGCUCUAUGAAGAUAACAGAAGACAUCCGAAAGUAUGCAGAGGAGAAUGGUUAUGGCACUGCUGAGGAAGCCGUAAGGCGAGGAAUGGAGGCUAUGAGUGAAGAGUUCAAAGUUGCAAAGAAAACCAUUAGCGGAGAGCAGCACGGUGAAAUAGGCGGAGAAAUCUAUUUACCAGAGAGCUAUGUCAAGGCUGCUCAGAAAUAA